GAGGGCGGCAGCCUCUUGCUCCCCAGGCCCCAGCCCUCACCGUGGAGGGAGAGGGAAGCCCAGGCUGAGGCUCAGGAGCUGGGUCCGGGUCUCCUUCCUCGGGGAAUCUGGGCCCAGGCAGUGACCUGAAGGCUUUGGGAUGCAGGCUCGGGGCCAGGCUUGUACGUCCUGCCGUCCACCGUGGGCUUCAUCAAGCACGACUGCACCAGGGUGGCCGGCCCUGCCUAUUCGCUCGUCCGGAGGCCCAGUGAGGAGAUGGGAUCUCGCUGUGUGGCCCAUGCUGGUCAAAGUCCUGAGCUCAAGGGACCCUCCUGCCUCAGCCUCUGAAAGCACUGAGAUUACAGCACCACCUCAGGACACCAGCCCGGGACCCAUCUACUUCUUGGACCCCAAAGUCACACGCUUUGGACGCAGCUGCACCCCUGCCUACUCCAUGCAGGGCCGCAGCAAGUCUCAGGGUCUGGAGGUGACGCCAGGCCCGGGGACCUACAGCCCAGAGAAGGUGCCCCCCAUGCGCCAUCGGACACCCCCAGCUUUUACCCUGGGCUGCCGCCUCCAUCCGAAGCCCCUGGACACCUCGGCCCCUGCCCCUAAUGCCUACACCAUGCCCCGUCUGUGGGGCUCGCAGAUCUUCAUCAAGCCCAGCAGCCCCAGCUACACGGCGGCGGGCCGCACACCCCCUGCCCGCCCCCCACAGGAUCCCGCCGAGACACCAGGCCCGGGCCAGUACGACAGCCCCGACCCCAAUGCCUACCGCCAGCGCCUGCCUGCCUUCACGAUGCUGGGGCGGCCCCGGGCCCCGCGGCCCCCAGAGGAGACACCUGGCCCUGGCACCCACUGCCCAGAGCAGGUCACGGUGAACAGAGCCAGGGCGCCCGCAUACUCCAUGGGCAUCCGCCACUCGCCCCGGGCGCGCACCAUGGCCGCCACCAUGCCCACACGGCUGGCGGGGCUCAGGCUGCCUGGCAGCUGCUGCUAGGCCAGGCCUGUUUCGCCACGGUGAACGGGGAGUGGGCAGAGGGGCUGGGAAAGGCGUCUUUCCCCCCCUUUCCUGAGCUGUCCCAGGUCCUUCUAGGACACCCGAUCCUUCCACCCGUGGCCCGGUGCAGGGUGCAGGGUGAGUCUCCUUCCAGUGCCCCAGUUUCUUCCGGUCACGCCAGAAGAAAGGCCAGGCCAGGCAGGAAAGAGACACCUCCAGACCUCCCCAGCAGCUGGCUGCAGAUGAAGCUUCCCGUGUCCUAGAACUCCACGUCCAGCGCCACCAGGGCCUGGAUCCCCAUCACGGCUUGGGUUUGUGCCACAUUCGUGCCCUUCCGGGUCUCAUGGAAAUGUGGCCACCGGCCCUGGUCUGGGCCCAAACUCAGGCAGGCAGCAGCUCUGAGGCCCGUGCCUUUCUCCUUCCACCUUCUAGAGUUGUUUACCCAAUAAACCUCUCCAGGGCCAGGGAGCUGUCUGCAUCACACGUGCUGGUUUAUUUAAUGUGUCCUGAAUGCUGCCCUCCAGAGCCAGACCCAUAAUCUGCCAGUGCUCAGGGGGUCUGACAGACCAGAAGAGAGACCCAGGGCUAGGGGAGGCCAGAGGUGGAAUGAAGCUUUGGAGUGGGGAGCCAGGGAGGCUUCCUGGAAAACGGAAUAUCAAAACUGGGUUUUGAAGGGUGUGUAGGAGCUCGAUGUAUUUGUGCUAUCGGUUGCUGC